AUGUCUCAUAGAAGUCUUUCUAUUGAUUAUUCUGAAAAAUUAGAUACUUAUGGGGAUGGUUGUCUUCCUGAAACCUAAGCAAUCUCAAUAUUAUUUUUGAAUUACUUAAAGACUUAAUCCAUUAGCGAAUCAGAUACCUUAAGAAAAUCGAAAGAAUAUUUAAAGAAGUUAUAAACUGCUAUAGUAAUUUUGAUUUGGUAUGAAUCCAUAGCAUUUUUUGGUUGCAUUACAAUUCUUAUAAUUAGUUAGGAAUUAUAAUUAAUAUAAAUUGCAAUAGGACUAUUUAUCAAAUUAUUAAUAUACAUUGGAUUAAGUAAUUCAACAAGAAAAUAAAAAAAAUAUAUUGGAAUGAAAUCUACAAUCACUAGAAAAAUAUUCUUAAAUUUUUUAUUGUAGAAUAUAAAUAUUAAUCCUGAAAAUAGAGUUGAAAUAAGAUUAGUUGACCAAACUAUUGCAUGUAAAUUGACUUUUAAAUAGAUUUUUAAGGAAUUUGUAAAAUUACAUAUAAAGUCUAUAAUUAUCAUUUUAUUGAUAACUCUAGCGAUCUAUAUUACUUAUUUUGAAUUUAUUCUUUCAGAAUUUAAUGUUAAUAAAUAUCUGAUUUUCUCUGAAUUUGCAUUAAUUACAUUACCACUUACGUUAAUUUUAAUAACAUUAAUUUCAAUUUUAGUAUUUAUUGGAUUUACUUCCUUAAUCAAUGUUAUUCAUUUAAUAAUGAGAGCUAUAAUUAAGAUUAUUGUUUCCAUCCCAGGUGUUUUAAUAUCUAUAUUAAAGAUUUUGAGAAUAAAAAAGGAAAAACAUUUUGUUUUGAUGAAAUAUAUUCACAAUUAAUUUACAUAGAAGGAUAAUUGUUCAAUUUGUUUAUGUUCAAUUUAGAAUUAAGGCAUUUUAUUACCUUGCAAACAUCUUUUUCAUAUUAAAUGCAUUGAAAAGUGGUUUUUUUAAAAUAAUUCAUGUCCUAUAUGUAGAUAAAAAAUUACUAAUAAAAAUGAAAAUCAAGAAUAAUGA